UAUAAUAAGAUGAUUAUAUGCCUGUCAACGAUCCGUAAUUAGAUACUGCACGUACGUGUACUCCACAGUCCACACACCAAAGAACCCAAAUAGACCCUAAUGGACAUAAUCCUAGUACGUAUAUGUUGCUCAGCUAAUUACGCCACCUCCGGCCGGGCUCCGGCUCCGGCACCGGCAGCAAAUCUGCAUAUCUUGCGUCAGUCGUGCAUGCUCCCGCGUCGCCUCCAAAUCAAUGCAUCCACCUUGCCCUUGCGUCCACCCCACCGCAUCCUCCCUGUCCCGCCCGCCAGCCUGCGCGUUCCAUCCACAACGCCGGCCGGGCGCUCGAUCUCGAACGGCCGCCCCAUUCAUCUCUCUUGCCUUCCGGACAACCUCGUCUUCCGCGCUCACGCAACCGCCCCUUGAUCCACACACCCAUGGCGACAUCACGCCGCCACGCGCAUACACUAGAGUGGCCGCGCGCGUAUAUAUGCACCGCCACUGACGCAUCCCUAUCAUUGCAUCUCCAUCCACCGCUCGGAUCAACCUUUUCCCGCGAAAUAAACAGACAGACAUUCAAAAGCUCCAACCUUGAAAGUCUCCGAUCGGUAGACCAAUAUGGAGGUCUCCGACCGGUCAGUGCGGCUGACCAUCGAGGCGCAGCCGAGCGACCCGCCAGUGGGCACCCCGGGGUUCAUGGCGGCGGCGACGCCGUUCGAGCCGCAGCUCUCGGACUCGCCGCCACCACCGCUCCCGAGCGUGCACGCGGCCGACUACAACGACAGCAACAACAACGAGGCGGCGGCGGCGGGGCCGGAGCGCCGGCUCACGCUGCUGGCGCUGCGGCUCGCCGUGCUGGAGAAGGCGGCCAGCGGGCUGGGCGCGCUGGGCUUCAUCUGGGCCACCGUCGUGCUCCUCGGCGGCUUCGCCAUCACGCUGGAGCGCGUCGACUUCUGGUGCGUCACCGUCAUCCUCCUCGUCGAGGGCGCGCGCAUCUUCAGCCGGAGCCACGAGCUGGAGUGGCAGCACCAGGCCACGUGGUCGCUCUCGCUCGCCGCCGCGGGGAGGUCCAGCGUCCGACUCGUCGCGCGGUCCUUCCGCUUCGUCUUCCGCUUCCGCAACGCCGGCAAGGCGGCGGCGUCCUCCAGCAGCAGCUCGCCUCGGAGCGGAUGCGGAUGGGGCUGGCCCUGGAUGACCUGGAGCUGGAGCUUCCUGUCGGGCCACGUCGGCCGGCUCUUCUACUGGCUGCAGCUCGCCUCCGCGACGGCGUGCGUCGCGCUCUCCGGCGUGCGGCUCGCCAGGCAGGACUUUGGGGACGCCGUCGACGCGCGGACGAACCGGCGCUCCGCGCUCGACAUCUUCUACGGCCUGGCGCUGGCCGAGGCGCUCCUGUUCCUCGCCGAGAAGGCGGCGUGGGAGUGGGAGGUCAGCCACGGCCGCCUGCUGGAGCGCGUCGCCGCCGAGUGCCGCCUCGCGGGCGCGCCGGGGCUCCUCGCCAUCCGCCGCUUCUUCUACGACGCCUACUCGCGGUGCGUCGAGGGGAGCAUCUUCGACGGCCUCCGCAUGGACCUCGUCUCCUUCGCCGAGGAGCUCAUCGUCGGGGGGUCCCACGACGAGCAGCGCAUCGGCGUGGGCAUCCUCGUCAACGUGGCCACCGCCAGCACGCGGCUCGGUGACGCCGCGCUGCGCCGCGUCGGCACGUCCCCCGCCGUCGUGGAGCGGCUCGUCGAGAUGCUCAGCUGGACGAGCCCCGCCGAGCGCGGCGCCAGGGCGUCCGCCGCGCUCGUCGUGUCCAAGCUCGCCAGCAAGAAGCGCAACGCGCUCCGCGUCGCGGGGGUGCCCGGCGCCAUCGAGUCCGUGUCGUCGCUGCUCUACGCCGCCGACGAGGAGUGCAACCUCCUCGGCCUCCUCAUCAUCAAGAAGCUCGCGCGCGACCACGACAACUGCAGCAAGAUCGGCAACGCCCGCGGCCUGCUCGACAAGAUCAUCGACUUCUCCGCCAUCGGUGCUGUCGCCGGCACGUCGCCGCCCACCACCGCCACCGCCACGUUCGUCAUGGCCGCCGCGCGCGCCAAGGCCGUGCAGCGGUCGCUGCAGGUGAUCAAGAUGCUCGCCGAGACCACGGGAAGCACCGGGAAGCAGCUCAGGCGGGAGGUGGCGGAGAUCGUGUUCACGGUGAGCAACAUCCGCGCCGUGCUCCGGCACGCGCCCGCCGCCCACGUCGGCCUGCGGCGGCUCGGCGCCGAGGUGCUGACACGCCUCGCCAUGGACGCGGACGCGCGCGAGCGGAUCGGCGGCACGGGCGGGGUGGUCGCGCUCCUGCUCGACAUGUUCCUCCGGCCCGGGGGAGGCUCCUCCGACGAGGACGCCGACGCCGCGCGAGUCGAGGCCGGCGAGGCGCUCGCCAUGCUGGCCCUCGAGAGCCCGCGCAACUGCGAGCGCAUCCUCAGAGGCGGUGGCGGCAGCUCGAGCUUGGCCACCACAUCCACCACCACCACCGUGGACAGUCUUGUCGACGCGCUCGGGGACGCGGCCAUCGGCGUCGAGGCGGGCAGGAUCCUGACGAACCUCUGCGCGUACACCGGCGGGAGCAGCGAGUGGUUCCCGCAGCUCCGGCGCGCGACGCGCGGCGCGGCCACGGUGCUCCGGGACGUGGCCGCCACCGUGAACGAGUCAAAGCCGCUGGAGGUGUCGCUGGGGUUGGCGGCGCAGCUGGUGAGGCUGAUGGGCCCGCACGAGCUGGCGCACCACCUCGUCAGCGCCGGGGUCACCGAGGCAGACCUGGUCAGCCGGCUGGUCAGCGUGCUGGCGACGUACGCCUGCCCUUCGAUCAAGGCGCCGCGGAUCCGGAGGUUCACGGUGGAGCUCGUCGUCGCGCUGCUGAGGACGCCGCCGGCGAGGGAGAGGUGGCUGAUCGCCGAGGCGAUGGCCGCGGCGGGGAUGGGCGCGGAGCUGCGGCGCGUGGCGGAGACGACGUCGGAGCUGGAGUGCUUCCACGUGUUCUCCGGCAGCGCGGGGGUGAGCAGGCACGCCGUCGGGCUCGCCGCGCUCGUCGACACGGCGCUGGAGCUCAUGGGCACCACCGUCGCCGGAGCCGAUCGAGCCCCACGUGUGAGUGUGACAACGACUGACAAGUGUGCGUGUGUGUGACUUGUGUGUUGCUGUUGCGUACGGGCAAGAAGCUGAGGAACUUGUUGAGUGUGUACAGGGAUUCUUUGGAUAAAUUUCAUGUGCAUAAAGAGGACUAUUUCAUUCGUUGGUUCUUUUGCAUGUAAUUACGUGACUAAUGACUAGUAGGUUAAUAAUGGAUUCCU